AUGUCCGACACGAGCGAUGAUGACGUUCCUUUGAAGCAAAGAGUGGCAAAGAAGAAGGCGUCACCGAAGAAGAAGCCUGCAGUGAAGGAGAAAGCGCCGAAGGCUCCGAAGAAAAAGGAGCCAACAAAACCCAAGGCGUCACCGAAGGCAAAGGCAGCUCCUCGGGCGCCUCGCAAGAAAGCGCAGGCCGACGGAAAUGCGGAAGAGGAGGAGAAUCUGCUGCCUAACGACGCGCGGAAGUAUUUCAAACAGGGACAGAAAUUCAUCACCCCCCCAAAUGGAGAUGGGACACGGGGUUUUUACGAAAGUCUGUAUGAAGAAAACAGGAACAGCCUCGUAGCUUUGCGGUACGUGGUCGAAUGGGGUGUAUUGACAGGGACGCUUUUACACGAGUCGUUGCCCCGGUAUUUCGCACUGAAAGAAAAGGGGGCAUUUAAAGGCGCAGGCGGAGGACUGCAGAAAGCAUUCAUGAACGGCCUCGACCAGGCAGACAUCGACGCUGCCGCAAAGAUGUUAAAUGCUAGCAGUGGGAAUUUGCAGUAG